AUGGACCCCGAACACCAGGCGCAGCGUCACGAGGAGCGCCUAUCGGCACGCACCGGCGUCGCACUCGAAUCAGGCUCAGCAUCCCCUUACCCGCCCACCCUGCGCAGAACCAUCGACCACGGUGCAUCACCGCUACAGGAGUCAUCCCCGCCCUCUCCCCUCGACGGCAGCGACGGCCAAGGCGGCAGCAUCUCCGGGUCCUCAUCUUCGGCCUCGCUCCAGGAUCACUCCAUGGAUCUCGCCGCAGAAGAAGGUAGAGACGGACACCACCACCAGCAGCCGCAGCAGCACCACCACGCCGCCGCAUCAGGCCCAGCAUCGACCAGCGCAGCCGCGGCAGCACCGGCAGCCCCGCAGCAGUCGCCGUCAGACGCUGCCUCUCUGCCACAAGAGACCCCAUCGCAACCAACGCCGCCGCCGCCGCCGCACGCACCGCCGGCCGAGCAGUCGGUCGACGAUGCCACGGCUGCGACAGCCCCGACCGUAGCCGACGCGGCAGAAGACCCGCCCGAAGUAGCUCCCACCACGACGACAACCUCAGCGCCAUCUGCAGGCCAGGUCGACGCUCCAGCUCAGCAAGGCCGGGACGAAGCAGCUCCAUCACCCGCGCAGACCGGCCUAGCACACCUGCUCACCUCGGUGCUCCACAGCAUGCGCAGCAUGGUACCCGGCGGCGACGCAUCACAGCCGCAGCCGCAGCAGCAGCAGCCGGACGAACGACCCGCGGGCAACGCCACCUCCGGCACCACUGCAUCCGAGACCGGCGCAGAAGGUACGGCGCCCCAGCAAGGGCAGGCGGCCGCACCCGGGCCCCCUCCCGUCCUCUACUUCCGCAUGCCCUUCAACGGCCCCGACGGCAACCCGGCAAUGCUCGCCUUCCAUCCGACACCUCUGCCGCACGCACCCGCGAAUCGACAAGCGCCGGCGCAGGGACAGCAGCAGGGCCAGGCAGGUCAGCAGAACCAAGAACAAGCACAGGGUCACCCAGCAACCAACGCUACGCCGGCACCCGGCAUGGAGGACACGGGGUCGAUGCCGCACCCCGCUGGCCACGUCCCACGUGCGCCGCUCUUUGUCCCGCUCGGAGCAUCGCCGCUCCCCUUCAGCUUCAUCUACGACGCACCCACCGCCACGGCCUGGCCCAUCGCCCACGUCGUCCCAGGUGUCCCUCCGGGCGGACCUGGACCCGACGCUUCAGCGGCGGGAGGCGCAGGUGCGGCAGCAGAAGACCAGCAGCCUCGACUCGUGGCCGGCCCGCCCUUCCGCAUCCUCCUCGACCUGCACUUUGUCCCGAACGGCGCGCCGCCCGAGCCGGAGCGGCCGGAUCCGGAAAAGGCCAAGGCGUACGUCAAGGCUCUCGAGCGCGCCGACGCCGAGCUGCGGUCGAGGAUGGCCCGGCUGCACAUGGGCGAGGUCGGAUCGUUUGCCGGCGGGGGCGGCAGCGAUGGCGACGGCGAAGGCGAUGCGCUGCUGGGCUGCGGCGUGUGCCUGGAUAACUACGAGGAAGAGGACCGCCCCGAGUGGAUUGGCGGCGAGAGGAGCGAGGAUGAGGCCGUGGUGGCGCUGCCGUGUCCCGGCCACCACAGCCUGCACUCUGGCUGCCUGCGCGACUGGCUCGCCAAGACGCCGCCCAGCCAGUGGACGUGUCCCUUCUGCCGGGCCUCGCUCGACGCCGCGCACCCGACGCCAACGCUCGCCACGGCGUCGUCUGGGAGCAAGCUGGCGGGCCAAGAGGCGGCGGCAGCCUCGACCCGGACGACGCUGCGAGAGGAGGUGCGGCGGCGCGAGCGCCAGCGCGGGUGGCGGUGCGACGCGCCCGCCUGCCUGCCGCGCUACCCGGCUCCCGUCCAGUCGACGAGCGGCGCGGAUCGCCGACACGCUGCGCUCAACGACGAGACCGAGGAGAUGUCGACGCGCCUGGUCGACCUCGCGCCGUGCCACCAUCAGGUUCAUCUCGACUGCCUGUGUACCAGCAUGCGCAUCGAGUCCGGCGAUGUCGGGUGCGACUUCCAGGCCGACGACGAGGGGCUCGAGGACGACGGGGACAUCGGCGAAGACGAAGAGGAGCAACGGAAUUCGGCGGGAGGCGAAGAGGUCGAAGAGGUCGAAGAAGUCGAGGAGGAGACGACGGGCAAGUGGGUCAGCUGUCCCGCCUGCCGCAAGGAAACGUGGGCGCGCCUGCCCAUCCGUCGACGUCCGCGCAGCGUCCGUCCGCAGGGGGACGGCGACGACACCAAGACGAAGGCGAACGCGGUGGCGGCGGAGGAGGGAGAGCCGUCGUCGAUCAGCAUCAUCGCGGGGGGCGAGAGCGAGGGCGAGGGCAAGGAUGAGGCAGCGCCCGCCCCCGUUUCCGCUUGA